CUCGAGGCUGUAAUCACUGCCAAUGGUGCUUCAACAAAGUGCUGAGUGAAGGGUCUGAAUACUUAUGUCAAUGUAAUAUUUAAUUUGGUAUAUUUUUAUCAAAAGUUUCUAAAAACCAGUUUUUGCUUAGUGAUUAUGGGGUAUUGUGUGUAGAUUGAGGAUUUAUUUUUAAUCCAUUUUAGAAUAAGCCUGUAACGUAAAAAAAUGUGGAAAAAGUCAAGGGGUCUGAAAACUUUCCUAAUUCACUACUUUACUAUUUAAAUGCUUUGCUUGAAAUAGUAAUGUAAAACUUUUUCAACUUCUACUUUAAGGAUCUAAAGCAAGCCCCAUAACUUUACUUUAAUGUAAAGUUACCAUCUAGUUAGCAAUGUUUGUUUUUAUACAGUUUUCUAAUUUAUUGUAAAAAAUAUAUAUAUAUCCUGAAUGUUGUUUAGCUAUUACUCAGGACUAUCAGUAAUCCCAUUGGCUAUUUAUCAUUUCUAUAUUCAGAUUUUUAAAAAUCUUUCUACUGUUACAUUGUUCAGAGUCAGAGUGCAUUCUCAGUGUGGUGCAGUUAGUUUUGAGACUACUAACCCUUAGCCUACUCUUUGAUUUACUUUAACUGAAGAAAUGUAUUUAUUCCUCUUAAAUUGAGGUUGUAUGCUGAUACUCUAUUUUUGUACUUGAACUAAAUAGUAAAAUCAUUUUUGGAGGACAAAGUGUGCUUUUUAUUUUUGUAUUCACUUAACUGAAAGUCAGAAGGCAGAGGUUAUUUUUUUAAACCAUUUGAUUCCUUUUAAUAGCGGCAGCAAUAUGAUACAGCAGCAGGUGGCAGUGUUGGAAAUUUGAACCAAGGUAAAUCGUGCGUGUGUAACCAACCUUUAUUUUGAAAAGCCAACUUUUUAUUUUGAAGAACGAUCCAGGAAGUAGUGGAACAAAACAGACACAAAAAGAGAUACGUGUGUGAAGGAUACAUUCUAUGGUGUGAACUGUGUAGUCUCAAUACGUUGACUACAAUGCAAUGCAAAUUACUAUAACAUAAGUGUUUAACAUAGACAUAGUGCCAAGGACAUGACCGAUACCGUUGCCUUUCAUGCGCAGCUAGCCUCCAUUGUCGAGGUUUUGGCGAAUGCAGCCGUUGCCGAAAUCUGCAAACUUGUAGAUGACGGCCAUGCUGCCUUACGUUUGGAAAUUUCCCAUAGCCAGAAAGAAAUCGAGAACUUGCGGAGGAAGCUGCUUUUGACCAAAUUUCAGAAUUCUCGACGGGGCGCAGAGAGAUUCGGAGCCCUGCGACGCACAGUUCACAGGCGAGUGGACACCGAUCAUGUUGCCCGGGGAAGAGAAAGCUUUGUAGGGAAAUCAACAGAAAUCAAAUAUUUGAAGAAUCGUUUUGACGACAUUGAAGGGGGCAACUUUAUGCAGGAUGUCACCAACUGGAGAGACUCAGGACGCACAGCGACAGACCAGGAUGGGGACAUGCAGAUGUCAGAUAUGCAAGAGGAAACUCUUGUCAAAAUGGAGAACCUUGACACCAGUAGAACAGAAGAGAUUGUCCAACCGGUCAGUGAGACCAGUGAGAAGAUCGUUGUGGAAGAACCAGGUGCUUCGUCAUCUACUGAAACCACAGACCUUCUGGACCAGCAGGGCAACAGACACAGCGCUCCAGACACCACACUCAAUAUAGAACCUGAAAAUCAGACGUUCCAGCAUCCAGCGUCACCAUACAACAGAGCAACACAGGACCAUCAGGGUGCUGAGUGUGUGACCUGGGAAACUGACCAUCAACCCAUGGCAUACAGACUGUCUCAAUGGAGAGAGAACCAAGAGACUGACAACCGAACUGUGAAUGCUCCUCACAAUGCAGGGACAGACUCCAAGAGGCUGUCUGAACCUGCAGAGAGGAGAGGGGCACCUGGUAACUCUGGGGUCUGCAUGUCUGCUUUAGGCUCUAUGGACUGGCUGCCUGAUGUGGUGCUGGUGGAUGCGGUUCCUAUUAAAGUGGAGGCAGAUAUGAGUUCAGAAUGGACGGGUCAAGAGGCGACAUCUGGAGAGGUCUGUUCAGAGGGCAGGCAGCUUGUGGACAACAGAGGAAGAGGGGGAAUGGAGUCUGGACAGACAAAGUGUCCCACUGACACUCAAAACAUGCCAGAUUUCAAUCGACUGUCCACCCGAAACAGCUUUUCAUCCCCAAGGGUUACUCUCCACCAGGUUCCCCAAAGAGGGAAGCAAGCCCCCUUCCCGAAUUUCAACAGAGGCUCCACUUCUUCAUCAAAAGCCAUAGAAAAGCAGCCACAACAGCUAACGUCUCGCUCUGCCAAGAGACAUCUCCGGUGCAGCCUCUGCGGGAAGACCUUCCCCCAGGCGUACCUAAGCAGGCACAUGCGGGUCCAUACGGGGGAGAAACCAUACGGCUGCAGCCACUGCACCAAGCGCUUCUCCCACAGUCACCAGCUGAAGAGGCAUGAGAGGGUGCAUACUGGAGAGAAACCGUUUCAAUGUGUCUACUGUGGGAAGUGCUUCACCCAGUCCUGCCACAUGAAGAAGCACCUCCUCGUCCACACUGGCAGCAGGCCACAGGACGUUGGGCUGCCCUAAGUGUUCCAGGGUGAAGUUUCAACUAGGCACAGAUCUAGGAUCAGCUUCCUCUCCCACAAUCCUAACCUUAACCAUUAGUAUAUAUUUUUU